CUGCUGCUGCUGCUGCUGCUGCUGCUGGCGGUGAUGAUGAUGAUGUUGUUGUUGUUGUUGUCUUUUUUUUUUCUUUGCAUGACCUUCACAUUAGCAGGUGCUGGCUUAUUCUAGAAAUGACGGGGGGUGGCGACGCCCACACCACCACCCCAGCGGAAGCUGCUGCUGCCGCUAUUAGUCCCACUGUGAGCAUCGCCACUCUCUGCGAAGCGCGUGCUGUGGAUGCGCAGCUUCUUCACAACAGCAGCGAGUUGGCCGCCUCCAACUUACUGCGGCGUAGUAGCCGCUAUGUGACGGCGGGUCGUGUGCUCUCACUCAUGGCACUCGCGUCUGCGGCUGCUGCGGGCCUCCUCGCGUCGUGGCAGCA